GUUAAUUUCUACAUUACAAUUUUUGUUUUUUGUGUAAAACUUUAUUUUAUACAUGUCCUCAGAAAAUGUGCAAGCAGAACCAGUUGAAACAGAAACAGCUGAAACUGAAAAACCAGUUGAGACACAAACCUCUGAAACUGAAAAACCUGAUGAGACACAAACCGCUGAAACUGAAAAACCAGAUGAGACAACAGAAAAUCUCGUGGAGGGUGAAGCUGCUCAGGCUGUAACGUCAGAAGCAGAGGAAAUUCCCACAGAAAGUGGUGAAGUCGAUUUAGAACUAAAUAUUAUUGAUGAUCCAGUUCAAGAAGAUACCCAACCUGAUCAAGUCCAGCCAGCAGAUGACGCACUAAAUGACGUUAAAGAUCAAGACGAAAGUCAAACAGAAGAGAAAGAGGAUGAAGAAUCGCCCGAGAAAACUAUCGUAGAAAAACAAGAUGCUGAAGAAGUGAAGGAGGAAAGUGAACAACCUAUGGAAUAUACAGAGGAUAAUUUUGAACUAUCAUUAGGAACCCCUACGGAUCUUGAAGAGAUUUAUUUUAAACUAAUAGAAGACGAAGAAGCAGAAGAGGAAGAAGAUGAGGAGGGGGCAGCAGCCAUGGCAGUUUCACAAGAACGAUCGGAAAAAAAGAAGAAGAGAAAGUCUAAGAGGUUUAGAGGAACUGCAAUGCCCAGCCUUCAGUUAGAAGCUCCACGGUUGACCAUUACAGGCGACUUUGAGCCAUUGAUGCCACGUAGGUCAGUAGAAACACUUUCCGCUGCUUCGACAAUGGCGAAAACUGAUGACGAAGAAGGGGGUGAAGAAGAUGAAGAAGUAUCUGAUGAAGAAGAAGAGUUAGAAGAAGAAGAACUUUUGGUGUUUAACGAAUUUACUAGAGAAGAAUGUUAUGAAAUGUAUAACAACCUCGACAAACAAUUUCACGAGGAAAAACGGAAAAACACCUACCUACUCAAAAGAUUGGUAAAUUAUUACACACAGAAAAAAAUGUUUCAUGUUAUUCAAGAAGGUAAACUACCACUUGACGUUUUGAAGAAAUACGAGAAACAGUUGGAUGAUUUUGAAGACUUCACAACUCAAUUUAGGUUAGCACAAGCGGACUUGGAGCAAGAGGUGAACAAAUUGAGGUCAACACUUGCUCACAAAGAAAACGAAGCACAAACUUGCUUCGAAAAAUUGCAGCGCAACGAAUAUGAGGUAGGAAAAGAAAUAUUAGAUUCUGCCGGCCAUGACGAAAAAGUUAUUGACCGUUAUUUGAAACGUCAAAAGGUUCAGCUGAACAAUCUGAAAAAAAUUCGCCUAGAUUAUAUAAAAAUCCGAAACAAAGUGACGGAGACACAGGAAUCGUUGGAUGCUCUUGAUAACCUAGGACCUAAUCUGCGUCUCAUUGAUUAUGAGCAGUUAAAGUUCGACAAUAGGAAUCUUUUAGACAAGCUUGAAGAAAAAGAUCUCGAACUUGCCAGGGUGAGGUACAAAUGUGAAAAUGCGGUUCAAAUCUUGGCUCAUCGAAGGGAAAAGGUCGCUGCGUUGGACAGAGACUUAGAGGUUAUGACCGACAGGCUGGAGAACCUCACUGGUGAGUACGAAGAUGUAAGGGAACAACUAAAUGGGCUUAAACAAGAAAGAGACUUAUAUCGGUCUGCUACUGAGCAAUUGAAGAAAAAGGCGGGAAUACUUAGUCAACCGAAACUCUUGCAAAAUAUGUGUGAGACAAUCAAUUUAAGCGUAUCUUUAAAGGAAGAACUGCAACAAGUUAAAAGUGUAUGUAAUGUGAUAACCGAAAAGAUUAACAAAAUAAGAAAAAACAUGAGCUCGAACGAAAGUAUGAAGAAAAUUGAAAAGAAAAUGAAAAUGCAAGAGUUUUCAUCUGAUUCCACGACUUCCAGUAUUAGCACAUUGGGUAGUGACCUAAACUUGAACACUGGUUAAUAAGAAGUUGGUUUAACUGAGGAGGUUUUAUGCAUCAAGAAAGUAGAACUGUGGCUCACAUGGAAAAAAUGUAGUAUUAUUUUUUAUUUUUAUGUCAAG